CUCACCUAUUGACAGAUCAACAAAUAUGGCUGUUGUCUUGAAACAGUAAAAAAGUAUGAAGAUGUUUUUUAUCUUUAUAACAUAAAGUUCUGACAAAUUCAUUGAAAAACCAUGACAAAUAGUGAUGUAAUCAAAGUUAAAUUCAACUGAAACAAAAGAGUGGUCCACUUUCAUACAUUCUUUACUAAACCGAUUACUGACAGGCCACACCAAACAAUCAUACAAUGUCUUUGUGCAAAUACAAAUAUUUAUUUGUUAUCCUCGUAAUAUUUUGUGUAAAUAAUUCAGCGAACACUCAAGCAGGUGAUUACGAUGAUGGCUACUGUGCUCCGUAUAAUGGAAAGGUGUGCAAGCAAUUUAUAAGUAGCUCACAGGUUUGGUAUUCAAAGUUUUUGGAUAGUGGGUGGGAAAAUGAGAAAAUCACCAGAAAAUUGUGGAAGGAGUUGAUAGCCCAACUGUCUGGAUUGUGUAGAAUAGCGGCCGAGAAAAUGCUUUGUGCUUAUGCAUUUCCGAUGUGUGUGAUUAAAGACGGAGUGACAAGUAAAUUGCCACUUUGCUACGAAGACUGUGUCGCCACGCAUCAGCAAUUUUGUUACAAUGACUGGGUACUGAUUGAAGAGAAGAAAGAGAAGGGCUUGUUCUACGAAUCUCGAGGACACUUUCGACUUCCAAAUUGCGAGGAACUUCCAAGAUACAAUCGAUCGGCAAAACCGCCAAUUUGCUCUUAUGUUGGACUGACUGAAAUGAAUUUGGAUGAAAUUACAUAUGACUGUCGUAUGGGUAAUGGACGAUAUUACAUGGGAACGGUUAAUGUCACAUCAACUGGUAUUCCGUGUCAAAAAUGGGACGUACAGGCUCCUCACACACACAUUCAACCUCCGAAUGUCUUCCCGCAAGUGCAAGACGCUGAAAACUUUUGUCGUAAUGCUGGUGGCGAGGAACCAUAUCCGUGGUGUUACACAAUGAACGAUUCGGUUCGAUGGCAAUCAUGUGACAUUCCAUUGUGUCCAAAUUCAUCGGAUGUGACCCGUGAAACCACUACAGACAUGACAAUGGAACCAUUUUUUACACCUUCAAUGAUACUAUUACUCUCUGGAAUUGGAUUUGUCGGAAUCGUCGUUCUACAUUUACUCGUAUUGCUUGCCUAUAAAAUCAUACGCUGCAAUCGGAAUCGUCAACAAAUGACUGGAGGUUAUACAUCGGCGGCGACACAAGAAAAUCAGAAUAACAUUGAUCUUGCCAAAUUGCCGAGCAAUACCGCAUAUCAUGAGACUGGUGCUGUGUUGAAUCCGAAAUUGGAAAAGUUGGAAUAUCCGCGAAACAAUAUAAUUUACAUCAAGGACUUGGGACAAGGUGCAUUCGGUCGAGUGUUUCAGGCGAAUGCACCGGGCUUGAUAAAUGGCGAAGAAUUUUCCCUGGUAGCAGUUAAAAUGUUAAAGGAUGAUGCUAGUCAAGAAAUGCAGUUAGAUUUCGAACGUGAGGCUACCUUGUUGGCCGAAUACGAUCAUCCGAAUAUUGUUAAACUACUGGGUGUAUGUGCCGUCGGUCGACCAAUGUGCCUCCUGUUCGAGUUUAUGGCUCGCGGAGAUUUAAACGAUUUCCUACGAAAAUGUUCGCCUUACAUCCACUCAACCACACCUAGAAUAGAGCUCAGUCAUCCUGAUUUGUUGUGUAUUGCCCAACAAAUUGCGUCCGGUAUGGUUUACUUAUCCGAACGAAAAUUCGUGCAUCGAGAUUUGGCCACGCGCAAUUGUUUGAUUGAUGACAAUAUGGUGGUGAAAAUUGCUGACUUCGGACUGUCGCAUAAGAUCUACCUGCAGGAUUAUUACAAAGGCGAUGAACAUGAUGCCAUACCGAUUCGAUGGAUGCCACUGGAGAGUAUUUUAUACAAUAAAUACACCGUAGAAUCAGACGUAUGGGCGUUCGGCGUAUGUAUGUGGGAAAUAUUUUCGUUUUCACUGCAACCAUACUAUGGAAUGACACACGAAGAAGUUGUGAAAUAUGUGAAGGAUGGAAAUAUGUUGAACUGUCCGGAAAAUACGCCGUUGGUCGUUUACAAUUUGAUGCGAAAGUGUUGGAAUCCGAAGCCUGUCGAUCGGCCGAGUUUUUCAGUUAUCUAUCAGGCAAUUCAGCAAAUACGUUGUGAUUACGAGCAUAAAUCGUAUCGUUAAGUGACUUAAUUCGGGCGCGUGUGUUCUGUGUUUGGAACUAUUUUCCCAACUCUUCUGUGUGUUUGUUACAUAAUUUACGCAUUUUGAUCGGCAAUAUUCACGGAGUAACUCGAAACGAUUUUUGGUCCUUAAAUCAGUCAUACAAAUGCUUGAUGUUCGCUGUUUCAAACAGGAAUUCAAUUCGAAGGUAUGAUUUUAACUCUAUUUCCCCUAUAUUACUUCUAAAAUGUAAACGUUCUAUUAGCUCUCUUGAAUGUCUCAAUACUUCCUAGGAAAAAUGACGUGACAGUUAACAAACCAACGCGGAAAAAAAAUUUCUUGGCAAUAGGCCCUGAUGUAAACAACAUGGAUACCAUACCAUGUAUUCAUAAAAUGUUUCCAUUACGAUCAUGGGUGUCUUUGACGAUGGCUCUUUCUGCUAUGUCUGUUUGUUUCCGUUCCACUCGGUAGUGAAAGUCAUUAUACCUUUGAAAUGAGCUCCUCAAAAAUCUUCAAAGACAUCUGUGGUUUGUUAUGGAGUGCCCGGUGAAAGAACGGUUCAAUCUAUCUGGCCUUUUCAAUUUUUUGUGUGUGCAUAUACCGUCUUUGGGCCGUUUUGUACCAAUGAAAUUUAAAUUUUGAAAGUUUUCGUCUAAAUUGCAAGAUUAAAAACUGCGACUUCUGAUAUUUAACUGUAUACUCAUCGAAUUCUGUUUACUUCUGGCCGAGUUAUACUGAGGAUUUUAGUGAAGAAAAGUUAGGAACAUUUACUAGUGGUAAAUUAGGACACAAAAAUUUGAUUAUAGAAAAUCCAGAGAGAAAAUGCCCUGGUGCAGUUUGAAAAUGUAAUUAACCUGUUACAGACGGCUGUCAUCUGUUAUCGACAGCGACAGUAAUAAGAAACGACAAGCUUGGUAUUGUAUAGCAAAGAACAUGUUCAAAACAAAUGGAGUAAAAGAUUUCUGAAAUCAAUUUCUGAAAAUCUUCAAUCAAACGAAGUAAUAGAUCAGAUAGUCUGUGACAGGUUAAAACGCAAAGAACGUUGAGUCCUAAAAAUACUCAACUUAGUCAUAACCAAAUUUAAGUUGAUUAUAUUUUCGGCGAAGGUAUGACUUAUAAACUGGAACUAUUAAAACCGACUUAAUUCUCAACUCCUCUUCUAUGGUAGCUUCAAAUCGCUUCACGUUAAAUUGUACUCAAUAUAAUUAAAAACGCGCUUUGAUGCGUAAGUUCGAAGUUGCUCGUGGUCUCAUAAGCUAGUUAUUUAAUUACUAGGAAAAGAAUUUACGGAACUGCGCUCCAAAUGUGACUUUUUGAAUUUCACUAUCGUCGAAACAAUAAGUUCAUUAAGUGUGUACCAUUGAGUGUGUAAUACGUAAUAUUUACGCACUGUGAUAUACACGUCAUGCAGCCUUAUAAGAUAUAGAGAACAGUAUUGUGUAAUUUACACCAACCGAACC